AUGUCCGCAACGCAGCCACCAGCAAGCGGUCGGACACCAGUUGAUCAGCAAGACGAAUCGAAAGUCCACACUCAGCCGUCGUCCCGUUCGGAGACUGUUUGGGGGUCUCUUGGAGAUCGAAGCUCGUCCGGUGGUAUUUUGAACGGGACGAAAGAGUCAGCAACGACGGCGGAAAGUCCAGGUUCGCCUCCGCCCCACGUCCCACGAUCAAGUCAGGACGACGACGACUCCCUGAUUCGCUCCGCCCUUCAACAUGGACAAACGCUGGCCAGCCUCCGCGAUGCGGCAGUCGUCUUCAUGCGCCGCUCUCGCAAACUUGCUGGUCUUCGCGAAAUCACGCUGCAGCGCCGAUCACAGAUUCUGCACGAAUGGCAGCACUGUGCAGACCAGCGGCAGUUCGUGAACGACUCCCAGAAGGCAUUCCUGCACGAGGCGACUGCGCUGUACGAGCUUGGUGAUCUCCAAUUCCCGACCGAACAGCUGCUGAAGCGUUACCAAGAGACCAAUGCGGACCAUGAGCGCCAGUCAGAGUAUGCCAUCAAGACGCAAGAGCUAGAAGCCGACCUCAGCAACCUCGAAUUCAAGAUGCAAGGGACAGAGACACGUCUCGAACAAGCGGUUCAAAGGCUACAGGAUACACUGAACGAGAUAGCGCUGCCCAAGGGGGAUACCUAUCCGCCCUCUUCAGCCCCAACAGAGGUAUCUCGAGGAGAAGUUCCGGUGUUAGUCAAACAUUACUUCGACAAAGCUGGGGAUGUGAAGCUGCAAAGCGAGAACAUGCACAAUAUGGAGGUUGAUCACAGAGAAGAGCGGACGGUCCGGAUACUGCAGGCCGAUCAAGAGAUGCCACUCUCUAUGACAGACGAGGAGUUUGAGGCUUCAUGGGAGCGCGCUUUUGCCAAAGCACAAGAGGAAUUGGACAGCGCGGUCAGGAAGGCAGAUUUGGCAAGACAGGUCUGUCUCGGCGAAGGACUAGAUCCGGAGAGCUACCGUAAGUUGCCUGCAGAAGUCGAUCUAGAUGCUGAAAUGGGACCUCAAUCGGACGCAGACGCAGCUUCGAAUGCUACGUCCACGCAAAUCUAUGGGUACCAUGUUCAGGCGCCAGCUCAAGACCCGAUAUUCGAGAUCCUGCGGACUUUACCACAAGACAUGGCUAAAGAAGCUUUGCUUGCUCGACAGUUCGCUCCCCCGGCAGCAGGGACGCUGACACCGCUGGACGACAGGAUCGAUUCGUGGAGGCAGAAUGUGUCUGCAGACGUAACGGAACCGCUAUCAACGAUGGAGGCAAAGUCUUCUCCAGACCAUCCCUCAUUUGCCGUGUCUUCCAAGGACAAAGCUUUGGAGACCUCGAAAGACCAGGAUUCCACAAAUCUGGCGUGA